UGUUCUUUCCACGCUCCAGAGAUGCUUUUCCACAGUCUUUCAGGGGGGGAAAUGCAUGGGGUCAUCGACGAGAUGGACAGAAGAUCCAAAACUGAAGCCUCAGCCAUCAGCUCUGCCAUAGACAGAGGGGAGACUGAGACGACGAUGCCCUCCAUUAGCAGUGACAGGGCAGCUCUGUGUGCCGGCUGUGGAGGGAAGAUCUCGGACAGGUAUUACCUUCUGGCAGUGGACAAACAGUGGCACAUGCGUUGCUUGAAGUGUUGUGAAUGUAAAUUAAACUUGGAGUCUGAGCUCACCUGCUUCAGUAAAGAUGGCAGCAUCUACUGCAAAGAGGACUACUACAGGAGGUUUUCAGUCCAGAGAUGUGCCAGAUGUCACUUGGGGAUCUCGGCCUCUGAGAUGGUCAUGAGAGCCAGGGACUUAGUCUAUCACCUCAACUGCUUUACCUGCAACACUUGCAACAAAAUGUUGACCACUGGGGACCAUUUCGGGAUGAAGGACAAUCUGGUCUACUGCAGGCUCCACUUUGAGACUUUAAUCCAGGGAGAGUAUCAAGUCCAUUUCAAUCACUCGGAUGUGACAUCAGGGAAGGGUUCAGGACUGGGGUCUGGGGCUGCCUCUUUGGGGCUGCCUUAUUACAAUGGUGUUGGGACUGUGCAGAAGGGCAGGCCUAGGAAGAGGAAGAGUCCAGGGCCUGGUGCAGACCUAGCAGCGUAUAACGCAGGUAACUGCAAUGAAAAUGAUGGAGACCACAUGGACAGAGACCAACAGUACACCCCUAACCAGAAAACCAAACGCAUGAGGACCUCUUUCAAACACCAUCAGCUGCGGACAAUGAAAUCUUACUUUGCUAUUAACCACAAUCCAGAUGCCAAGGACUUAAAGCAACUAGCACAGAAGACAGGCUUAACCAAAAGAGUUUUACAGGUAUGGUUUCAAAAUGCACGAGCCAAAUUCAGAAGGAACCUUCUGCGGCAAGAAAAUAACGGUGUGGAUAAAACAUCGGAUUCUACUCUUCAAGCCGGGACUCCAUCAGGACCAGCCUCUGAAAUCUCAAAUGCCUCAAUGAGUCCCUCCACUACCCCAACCACAUUAACGGACUUAACUAACCCCACCAUGCCAACUGUGACCUCCGUACUGACUUCGGUGCCUGGCAGCUUGGACGUACACGAAUCUCGAAGCCCUCCACAGACAACACUCACAAAUCUCUUCUGAUGACUCUUUGAAAGUUUCUUUAAAGAAGAAAACAUAUUUUUAGUCAAUUUCCAAGUGUAUUUUAAUAGAAACUUUGU